AUGCCAUGUCGACUCCAGCCGUACAUCUGGAUUUCCGAUGAUACUCUCGCCGCCGCCUACCGUCGCUUCGCCAACACAUGUCUGGUGAACCAUAACCAUACCGACACCAGGCGCCAUGGCAGCAAUGUCCCGGGGCCAUUGGAGGCCCGUCGUCGCCUUACUAGAAGACGAAUGGCUGGUCUAAGUAUGGCCGGUCCCUCUCCAGGCUUGAUGCCUGACUUUGGCGCUCUUUUCGGCUCUGGAGGUGUCGACAUGACCUCGUUAUGGGUUCCACCAAGCACCGCACAGUCGCGUGCUCCAAAUCUGGCAGACUACACUGCUCCCACUCCGCCCAUACCUCGAACAAUUCCUACACCUCAGGAGCCUCGCGCCGCUCGUGCCGUCUCAACACCGCCCAGAUCCCCCCAACCGGAACCAGAGCGUUCUUUGCACGAGUACACAGUUCUACUGGCUUCAUGUCGCACCUUGGACUCGCUGGCUCGAGCACAUACGAGCAUGCAUUCGGAUUCUGAUGUUUCAGAGAAUUUCAGCAGAGCUGCUCUUCACUCCCUCUUGAAUCAAUCCACUCCUGAUCAAAUUCUGGCCUUUCUGCAGAGCGACUUGGACCAUGAAGACGCCUUCAACUGCCAUACCUACCUCACCCAUCUCUUCGCUACCAAUGGCUACCCUGAUGUCGCGCUGGACUGCGUUCGUCUUGUGUGCGACAAAAUUGCCUUGAGCUCUAUGCCAAUGAAGGAGUUAUCAGACAUUCUCAAUAUGCUCGAGCCUGCUGCAGGAGUUGAUGAGCAGCUGUUAUUGGAAGCCAACGCCAUGCUUCAUCAAUCCUUGGUGAAUGCUUUUGCGCCAAACGCACCUCCAGAAAGCCUUAACACCAGAUUGCUCAAGAAUGCACUUUCUCUGCGUCCAUCGCCAGAUGUCUCCAAACUCAUAUCUGCGGCUCUCCCACUUUGUGGGCGUAGCAAGGCAAUGAGCAGACACCUUCAGAAGGCCAUCAUGACUCGAACUACGCGGUCCGGCUCAUCAGACGAGCUGAUGCCCAUCUUGAACACCAUUCCCUCGGAAAAGUUCGAUCGCGUCAUAUUUCUUGCUACUCAAAAAUUCGUCAAAGUUCUCUCUGAUCCCACCGUUUCUCGCAACAAGUGUAUCAAGAGGCUCGUAUGCUGGCUUGAAGACCUCUAUCUCUUCCGUCCCUCGAUCUUCCAACCUCACUCAUCAUGCGCCCUUCUUCUUUACCCUUUUCUCGCUUCCAGGUUCACCAUCGCCGAGCUCGGCCCUCACAUCAGGUCCUUACACCCCGCAGACGCCGCUAUUAUCGUGUUACACAAUUGGAUAAAGCCGUCUAUAGUUGAGGUACCAGACCCUGAUAUGACAGAACCUGAGAUGGAAGAUUCUAUAAGCAAUCAACCGUCUGCCACAGUGCGCUAUCUUCCUUUGCAGCCUUCACUGGCCACAGCACGCUGUCUUCCUUUACAGCCUCCGCCAGCCGUUCACAGUCGACACGACUUCAUGGACUCAUUCCAGACCUAUGGAUUGCGAUAUACUAUGUCUCGAUCUCCCGAUCAGUCUCUCACUCACCGAGCAACUCUUUCAACACGCCAAGCCCGGUUCGACACAAUCGCAUCAACUCUACAUGAACGUUGCAAGCCAUAUCGUAGUGAUGUCUAUCCAAGUCAGGGAGGAGCUUGGCUUCAUCUUUCANUGUUACUGAGAGAUAAUCAGAUCGAUUAUGCUGGUUGGCUUAGUGAUCUGUUUCAAGUGCUCAAGCAUCACAAGUCACCUGUGUGGACAUAUUAUCUCUUUGCGAAGCUCACUACCAACGACGUUAAUAUCCCUUAUCCGGUGGCCGUAGAUGUUAUGCGACAUUUCAUUAACAUCGACAAAACACAAUGGGCAUUGGAAGUCUUCAAUCGCGCAGAUAGCCAACAAUGGCUUUCGAGCAUACCCGAAUUGCUAUUUGCUCUGAUCGACAGUCGCCCGAUUGGAUCAGAGGACGUGUUCGAUCUACUGAAUCGACCAGACUAUGCCAAUUCUCUGCCAAUGGAUUUGCGGUCGGUGACCAAAAACCCUCUGUCGCAAGAGAGGGUGCAGUUGGUGCACCAUGUUGCUUACGCCAUGGCCAAGUCACCAGUAAUAACACCAAGGAUGGCCUUUAGGAGGGUAUGCGAUUGCUUGAACUAUCUUCACGACCGAGGCGCACCACUUUCAAGCCUAAUGUCCCGGGCUCUUGUCUAUGCUGGAGUGACUCGCCCUCUCAAAGCAGGAGAUUGGCUCAGCACGGAGAAGUUCCAAUGGAUCCUGCCAUUUGUUCGCCGCUUGGAAGGUGAUGAAGUGGCGGAUAGGCUCGACGAAGUGGCUUUCACGCUCAGGAGUGAGAACCUUGACUCGAAUAGGACAAAGCUGAAGCCAUUGGAAGACAUGGAACAAGAAGCAGAUCAAAUUGCUUGGGAGUAUCGAAAGCAAUUUGGUCACGCAUCUCAUCGAUGGAAANGGAUAACAGCGCCACACAAACCUGGCGCAGCUAAGCAAACCCGUCGAGCCCAAGCGCGGCGAGAAUUCCUAAAGAGCACAACAGUUGCCAAUGAUUGUACAUGUUUGUAG